UCCUCUGUUUAACUGCUCUCUCAACCGUGAAUUCAGAUUCUCUCGCUCUAAAUUCACCACCGCAUUUGAUCUCCGGCCGCCUCUCUCAGCCCUACGACGUAAUGGCGACUUCUGAGGAGGAGCAUCCCGUUGAUAAUGACAAUCUUGUGGACAAUGAUUCUGAAGAAGAUCUGUUUGAUGACAUUGCAGAACAGCAUAUAGAGUCUUCAAAUGAGCUCAAAGUGGUGGAUCUCUCUGAUGUGGUAUGUUCAAAUGAGCUCAAAGUGGUGGAUCGCUCUGAUGUGUUUGGCAGAGAUCCUCGCAAAAGAACCGCUCCUGUAGAUGUUCCUUAUGAUGAAUUUCCACACAAAAGGUUUAAGCAAAACAUGGAGAUCCAAGAUGUUGUAAUGGAGCAUGCUCUUUAUUUUCUCCCUGCCAAGUCGCUUUGCAGAUUCAAAACUGUUAACAAAGAGUGGGAUCGGUACAUUAACAGUCCCUUUUUCGCUCACCAGCAAACUCACUCCUUCCGAGACAUCUCUGGUCUUUUUUGUCAACUCCCUGGUGAUAAGCCUUCCUUCAUAUCACUCGAUCAAGAUGCUUAUGGAAUUCCUAGUCCAUCCCUCAGUUUCUUGCCUCAGCCUGUUACUCUCAGAACCGCUUGCAAUGGUCUGCUUUGCUGCCAAAACUGCUUUGAACAAAAUAGCUACUACAUUUGUAACCCUGUGAAUGAGGAAUGGAAAGUGCUUCCGGAGCCAAACUUUUAUCAUGGACCUGAUCAAUCAGCCUUGGCACUAGCCUUUGAGCCUUCGGCACUAAACUUUGCAGCACAUUUUGAACUUGUGUGUGCAUUUUCUCUAUCUUUAACUGAUCAACCAGUCAUCUGCUUUGAGAUAUACUCUUCAAGGUCAAGGUCCUGGAGACUCGCUGAGACUGUAUGUUCUGAGCUAGAUUGCUUGAAGUUGAAUGGGGAUGGAAUCUUCCUGAAGGGUGUAGUCUUUUGGGAAACUUUUGCUGGGGCCAUUCUGGCUUUUGACUUGAAGGAGGAGCACUAUGGCAUUCUGUCACUCCCUCCCAACAGUGGACCGCAAGGUGUUCUAACAGAGAUGCGGGGUGAGCUGUGCUAUAUUCUGCCUGUUAGAGAAGGUAAUAGUUACACCUUGGAAAUCUAUGGUGAUAUGGACAUGAAUCUCAAGCAUAUAAUUCCUCUCAAUCUUGGUUUUCUUUCUCAUACUCACCAAGAGUCGAUAAGGGUUUUGGCUUGUGUGAAUGAUGAUGCUGUGGUAAUUCUUUUUGGAGACAGAGUGAUUGCUUAUAAUAUGAAAGCUAGGACGGUUGAAACAUUAAGGGAUAUAGUGAAUGGUAAUUACAAUGGUGAAUACAAUGCUGGAUUUGCAAAGCAUCUUCCUUAUGUGAACAGCCUUGUUCAUGUACACUCAUCAUACAUAACGAGCCUCCUUUCUGAAGAUCCUACUACCUCCUAUUCCUAUCUGAAGUCUCCCUGAACAGCCUUUUACGGUCAGUGUGGCAGUUAAUGCUCCACAUUACCUUUUUUCUCUCCAAUUGGAUCAUUCAUGGUUUUUGGAUUGAUUCUUUGCAAGUUCAGUCCAGAGAGCUAGCUUCUUUUCGUGCUGGGGAAGAAGUUCUUAUUUGGAACUUGUUUAAUCUCAUAGGUUCUUGGGAUUGAUUGAUUUUUUGCAAGUUCAAUUUACAACUUCUUUCUAAGCUUGAGAAAGAAGUUCUCCUUUGGAACUUGCUUGAUUGUCAUAAAGUUUGUUCUUGGUAUUUGACUUUCUGUGUGUUUCAGAUCAUGAAAACAUUGUCAUUCGUACCUUCUUGUAUGAUGGUCGAUGGAUAAUCAGUUUCAUUUUCUCUG